AUGAAGUUCCUCUCCACUCUUUUGCUUACCAUUGCGGCCAUGAUUGCUGUUGCUGCAGCAGACACUACUCCCAUCGAAGGUGAAACCGCCGACCUCCUCGUCAACGAGGAUAGAGUGGGAAACCUACGCAAGUUGGAUAGCUCCAGCCACAUGUCGUCGUCUUCCAAAAAGUCCGGAAAGGGCUCGUCGUCUGGAAAGGGCUCGUCGUCCGGCAAGGGCGGAAAGGGCAAGGGCUCCUCCUCCUCUUCGUCCGGUAAGGGCGGAAAAGGAAAGGGUGGCAGCAGCAGUAAGAAGUCAUCUUCCCACUCCUCCUCCAGACGUGAGUUGUACUCCUCCUCCGACUCUUACUCUUCCAAGAAGUCCGGAAAGGGAUCCUCCUCGUCUGGCAAGGGCGGAAAGGGCAAGGGCUCAUCUUCCUCCUCGUCCGGCAAGGGCGGCAAAGGAAAGGGUGGCAGCAGCAGCAAGAAGUCUUCUUCCUCCCAUUCCUCCUCCAGACGUGAGUAA